AUGACAUAAGUAGAUCUCUUUUUAAAAUCUGACAUGAAUAAAGCAAUAUUAUUAUUAAUUUUUGGCAUAUACUUCGCUAAAUCUAACGCUCAGUGUGAUAAGGAUAAAAAUUACAAGUAUUAUCACACCCUAAUAGGAGGUGAAAGAGAUAAUAUUCAAAAGGUGUUUGAUGGAAUUUUGGAAAAAUAUGGAAAUAUAAACAAAAUAUUGGAGGAUCUAUUAAGCAAACUUAAUAAAACUAUUAAUAAAGCAAAUUCAGGUCUAAACCAGUUAGAAAAAUAUAAUAGUGGUAUAAAAGAAAACAACGACGAUUCAAAUGCGAAGCUAGAACCGCUUUUAGACAGUUUAAAAGCAAUAGAAGAUGAAAUAAAACAGAUCAAAUUUAACAAAAGCUGGCCCUUGGAGAGAGAAGAUGCAGAAAUAAGUGCAAAUAAAACUGUUCAUCGGCCAGCAUCUACAGAUAUUACGGAACAAGAAGAAGAAUUAGCAAAGUGGAAGAAGUUUUUAGAGCAAUUGAAUGGGCACAACUACACCAAAGAUAUAAUGAAUGUCCCACAUAGUGUUUCAGAUGAGCUUGAUUUGCUAGAAAAAUUGAUAACAGAGGGCCCUUCCACAAACUGUUUUAGUAAAUUCCACAACGACCUGAAGUUAUUAUUUCUCCAGUUAGCUAAUUUAUUCGUUUUAAGUGUUUUUAAAGACAACGUUGAUAAUCUGAAGAAUAAAGCCUCCCAAAACAAAAAAAAUGCAGAUGACGUCCUUUCUGGUACAAAAAAGUUUCUAGAUAAGGAAAAAGAAUUAGAAGAUAUCUAUCAUCUGACUAACGAAACCCUUGCUCUAGCUGAGGAAAUAGAAAAGUUAAAAGCAAUGAUUAACAAUCUCUCGGGACAUAAUGAAGACGUAAUAAAGGAUAGAUUGAAACAGCUUCAAGAGGAACAUCAAGCUGAGAUAGAAAAAUUAAAUGAAAAAUAUAAUGUAAAGGAGGGGCAACAAUUAUUAAACGAGUUGAAGAGAACUAAAGAACAAAUUGAAAACGUUAAUAUCGAAGAUGUGGAAAAAGAUAUUGAUAAUUACAGUCGUGAAUUGAACUAUUACAUCUGCGUAUUGGAGAAAUGUGAAAAAGGAAACGAAACUAUAUCUUCUUGUGAACCAGUGAAAAUGUAGUAACUAUUUAACUACUUAAUUGCUUUGUUAGGUGUAUUAUGUAUAUUUUUUUCAGUGAUUGAUUACUUUAAUAAAGGCAUUUUUAUAACAAUAACACA